CCUUCCAAUUCGAAAUUUCCCCAAUACCUUCCUCCACCGGUUCAGUUUCUUUCAGUUCACAUUUGAAUUACUCACACUUAAUUAUAUUACGCCCACUUGAUUUUCCCUUUUUGUUACCAUCAUGUUUUCCACAAAUUCUCGGAUUUUGACUUUUCAGAAACAAUGAUCCUGCAACCUUUUAUUCUUAUUCUGCGUCUGCAGAGUUGAGAAGCAGAGUCACGACUUGCGAGGAAAUUAGUUUUUUCUUUCUGGGUUCCGUUUCAAAUGAGCAGAGCUCGUGGCCCAAGUGGCCGGAAAAGGGGUUUCUUCAACGGCGAAGGGGCCAUGGAGUUUUUCCACCAUUUAAUGGCGGAGAAGCCUCUUCUUCCCUUUCUGAUACCUUUGGCGCUGAUUGCUUGGACUAUUGAGAGAUGGGUCUUCUCUUUCUCCAAUUGGGUUCCUUUGGCUGUUGCUGUUUGGGCCACUUUGCAGUAUGGAAGUUACCAACGCCAAUUAAUUGUUGAUGACUUGAACAAACAAUGGAGGCGACUCAUAACAAACACCUCGCCUGAAACACCUUUGGAACCCUGUGCAUGGUUGAAUAAGCUGUUGCUGGAAGUGUGGCCAAAUUAUUUUAAUCCAAAACUUUCUACAAAGUUCUCAUCCACAGUAAAUAAACGGUUGAAGGACCGGAAGUCAAGACUUAUAGAAAAAAUUGAACUUCUGGAGUUUUCUCUAGGCUCAUGCCCCCCUAGCUUGGGUCUCAGUGGGACUCGAUGGUCAACUUGUGGUGGUGAGAGAAUCAUGCAUUUAAGUUUCGACUGGGACACAAAUGAAAUGAGUAUCUUGUUGCAAGCAAAACUGGCCAAACCAUUUAUGGGAACUGCACGGAUUGUUAUUAACAGCCUCCAUAUAAAGGGCGACCUUGUCUUGAUGCCUAUUUUGGAUGGGAAGGCAGUUUUAUUUUCAUUUGUGACAACUCCUGAUGUAAGAAUAGGAGUUGCUUUUGGAAGUGGUGGAAGCCAAUCAUUACCCGCAACAGAGCUCCCGGGUGUUUCCUCCUGGCUGGUCAAAAUUUUUACUGAUACCCUGGUUAGGACAAUGGUUGAACCUCGCAGGCGUUGUAUCUCUUUGCCACCGGUCGAUCUGAGGAAAAAGGCUGUGGGCGGUAUUAUAUAUGUGACAGUCAUUUCUGCCAGGAAACUUUAUAGAAGUAGCUUGAAAGGAAGCCCAACUAGAAGGCAACAUAGUUGCUCUACUAAUGGUUCAUUCGGAGAGCAUCUUACCGAUAAAGAUAUGCAGACAUUCGUUGAGGUUGAGCUUGAAAAGCUUAGUAGAAAAACGGAGGCAAGAUCAGGUUCAGACCCUCAGUGGAAUACGACAUUCAAUAUGAUUUUACAUGAAGAUACAGGAACCUUACGGUUUCAUCUUUAUGAGUAUAAUCCAAGCCAUGUGAAGCAUGACUAUCUUGCAAGUUGUGAGGUUAAGAUGAAAUAUGUUGCAGAUGAUUCCACAACAUUUUGGGCAAUAGGACCAGAUUCCAGGGUAUUAGCCACGCAUGCUGACUUUUGUGGAAAAGAAGUUGAAAUGGUUAUUCCAUUUGAAGGGGCCCAUUGUGGAGAGCUAUCAGUGAGGCUUGUUUUAAAAGAAUGGAUGUUCUCGGAUGGUUCACAUAGCUCUAACAGUUAUCAUGUUAGACCACAACAGUCUCUGUAUGGACCAUCAAAUUUUCUUGCUAGCACUGGAAGAAAAAUUAACAUCACAGUUGUGGAAGGAAAGGAUCUACCCACAAAAGACAAAAAUGGCAAGUGUGAUCCUUAUGUCAAAUUGCAGUAUGGCAAGGGUCUCCAGCGCACGAGAACUGCUCACUCCUUCAACCCAAUCUGGAAUCAGAAGUUUGAAUUUGAUGAGAUAGCUGGGGGUGAAUACCUCAAGUUAAAAUGCCUUACUGAAGACAUAUUCGGCAAUGAUAACACUGGCAGUGCAAGGGUAAAUCUGGAAGGAUUAGUAGAAGGGUCAAUCAGAGACGUAUGGAUUCCUCUUGAAAAGGUUAAUUCUGGAGAAUUGAGGCUUCAAAUAGAAGCCAUCAGAGUGGAUGACAAUGAAGGAUCAAAGGGCUCAAGCUUGGGUCCAGCAAAUGGUUGGAUUGAACUAGUUCUGAUUGAAGCAAAAGAUCUUGUUGCUGCUGAUCUCAGAGGGACAAGUGAUCCUUAUGUGAGGGUCCAAUAUGGAAAACUGAAGAAAAGAACUAAGGUUAUGUACAAAACUCUAAGUCCCCAGUGGAAUCAGGUGUUGGAGUUUCCUGACAACAGCAGCCCUCUGCUGUUACAUGUCAAAGACCACAAUGCUCUACUCCCCACAUCAAGCAUAGGCGAUUGUGCUGUGGAAUAUCAAGGGCUGCCUCCAAACCAGAUGUUUGACAAAUGGAUACCACUUCAAGGGGUAAAAAGGGGAGAGAUUCAUAUUCAAAUCACAAGGAGAGUUCCAGAACUAGAUAAGAGAUCUAGUCUGGAUUCAAGACCCAGUCUGGAUUCUGAAAUGCCCUCGAAUAGAGCUCAAAAGAUUUCCAGUCAGAUGAAACAAAUGAUGAUUAAGUUUCAAUCGUUUAUUGAAGACUGCAAUCUUGAAGGACUUGCAACAGCUUUGAGUGAGCUGGAAAGUCUAGAGGAUCUGCAAGAAGAGUAUAUGGUACAGCUUGAAACUGAACAAAUGCUUCUAAUAAACAAGAUUAAGGAACUUGGUCAGGAGUUUCUCAGCUCAUCCCCUUCCUUAAGCAGAAGAUCAUCUGGAUAUUAAUCAGAUCCGUCAGAUUUCUCUACCUUGUCAGUUUGCAGUACAAAUCAUGACUGUGGCCUAUAUUUUGAGAUUCUGAUACAAGUGUACAUGUUUUCGAGAAGGGUCCGUAAAAUCACAAGGACCCUUCAUGUUCAUUUUCGUAUAGGAAUUCUUAUUUAUUCUGAACAAUUGGGAAGAAUCGGCCUCAUUUGUUAUAGUUUUUAACUUCCUGCGGUAACGGUUGAGCUAACAGCAAAAAAUUGUAGAUGUGAACCUUAAAGUUCUUACAAUCAUGACAAAAAAGAAAGUGGCGCCCAAGUGUUGGGUAAAAA